GGCCGCCCGGUGAGUCUCUUUUAUCUUUCUGCUUUACCUAGGUAGCUCUCUCUCUCUCCCCCUUCCUCCUCCCAUAGGCUUGGGUGCUACAGGUUGACUGGUGAUGGUGCAGACAGUGCGUUGAUUGGUGGUGAAUUGUAUUGCUCACUCCAGCCAGCAUGCUCUCCUACCCAUGCUCUCCCUCUCUCUCAAUCACGCAGCAGUCUGAGGCAGUCAGUCCUUCGAGCUCCCGCUAGCUUCCCGGUUGAUCGUGGUCAGUACCAUCGUUGUCUCCAAUAUUCACCUACUUACAGUGUAUUCUUACAAUUCACGCAAAAGGAAACUUUUUUUUAAUCAGGGUAAAGGAAAUUGCUUCUUCUUGUCAGCAUCUAGUAAUAUAUUUGAACACUAUCAGAAUAUUUUUAAUGAUAUUGCUCUCAUCUUGUGCCUUGUGGAUCAAAUGAAUAUAUUUGUUAUUUCUUUGACUGGAUCAAUUGAUAAGUGAGUGAUUUGCGGCCGAGUGAAGUACUAGCUGUCAGCUGACGGAAUUUACUCACACCUCUCGUUCCAACUGUAGAGACAUUGGACCGGUGAAGUGCUUCGGUGUAGAGGACAGUCAAGGAGACAGCAACGUUGUUUGGCAAGCCAAUGUAUAAGGUCGAGGAUGCAUCCAGUCGCCAAGUAAAGCGACACAGAGCUGAUCACGGUCUACCUACAGGCAGUCUUCAUACAAAAGUCAACGGUUUUGCCAGCAUCAACGGUGUGUUCCAGGAAAAUGUCGAACACAACUCUGAAGUUUUGAGGAACUUGCUAAAUUUGAAUCGUGGCAGUCCUGCCAAGUCCUUCAGUUUGUGCAGUGAUACAGAAUCACAAGAUUCUUUGACGCAGGACAGAUUGACUGAGAAUCGUCGCGGAUUACUUGAUUUAGAAGAGCAAAUUGUGAAGAGCGCAGAUACUGAACUUGGUGGGAAUUGGCAAGCUAGAAAGUUGGAGUGCGCAAAGGUACCCAGUGAGAGUGGAGAUUCCACAGCCAUGCCCACUGCAGAAACCGCAAUGUGGGAAGAGUGUAACGGAUCAACUAGUCCAAUGCAAGAAACAGAUAGUCUCAAAGCCAAACGCGCCCGAGUCGAAAACAUUAUCACAAGUAUGAGGCACUCACCACCAGCAGUAGGGGGCCAAGAACCUUUGGGUUUAGAGGACAGUCUUCGCAAGCCAAAGCGAAAGCAAUACCAACCGCAACCCCAGCGAUGGGACUCUGAAGACGAAGACUCUCCAGGAAAACCAUCCCGCAAACAAGAGAAAACUAAGCUCAAAGGGAUCCUAUCCCACCUUCAAACGCAGCUUGAUACACUUCAGGAGAAAUACCUCAACAUGUUUGAUACGGAAGACGAUGGUAAUCUAUCAGACAACUCAGACGACAUGGACGAUUUAAAUGAACCAGUUGACACAGGUAGUGCAAUCCCCAAAUACGAGGUCAAUGGUGUCAGUGGAAACAGCUCCCCUGUUCGUCAUGGAAACGAUAGAAAACGAAGAGCCGAUGGAAGUUGUGUUCUUGAUCGCACGACAAGUUAUAUCGUAAGACAAACGUUGAAGGAAGAGUUGCCCCCUCUCCUCCUCAAUGCUGUAGACUCUGUUAUGAAUAAACUCGCGAAAAGCACCAGCAGCAAAAAUACCAGCCACAACAACUCAACCCACACCAAGACUGAAAUCGGUAGUAACCAGGGCCGAAAUCCAGUACUAGCCCGGAAUGCUGCGAGCCCCCCUGCCCCAGCCCAGGAGUGCAAGCCGACACCUCCCCCGCCAACCCUCCUUCACCCGAGCUUCUUUAUGAGGCCAUUCCCUACACCAUUGGAGCAGACAGAAGCCAUGUCAUUGGUGGUACCGAGUCGGAAGAGGGUGAGGAGCAAUGACCGACCCCUUCACGCCAGCAGCGGGUUCCAUCCUGGAGAUCUACCAAUGAAACCUGAGCCUCUCCUACCGGUCAGCUUACCCACCUCCGUGGCCAUACCCAACCCCAGCCUUCACCCUACCCUAGCUGCCAGCUUCAUGGCACCAACCAUGGCCACGGAUCCAAGGGAGCACUUUGAGAGCCUCAGGUACAUGUACGCCGGAAGUCCUCUGAUCCCCAACUCUCAUCUAUCUCCCCUCAACUACCUGAGUGACCACCGGUCAUCUCCUGGUGACCUCUCCCAUCUUUCUGGGGAGAGCCCGGGCUACCCGAUGAUAAAGCCAGAGGGAAGGGAUACUUCACCACUUCACAUGCACGACAGACCCAGCUCGGCUGAUCUCUCAGACUACUCGCCAGUCAAUGGAACAUCGAUAACUUGUACCCUGACACCGACCCACCUGCGGAAGGCCAAGCUCAUGUUCUUCUUCGUCCGCUACCCAAGCUCUGCUCUUCUGCGUCAACAUUUCCCAGACGUCAAGUUCAACCGUCACAACACCUCCCAGAUCAUCAAGUGGUUCAGUAACUUCAGAGAAUUCUAUUACAUUCAGAUGGAGAAGUUUGCCCGUCAGGCCGUCAGUGAUGGUGUAGAGAGCACUGAAGAUCUUAAGGUGACCCGGGAUUCAGAGCUUUACCGGGCCCUCAAUCUCCACUACAACAAGAGCAAUGAAUUUACAGUAAGUCCAUUUUCAAUGUUUUCUCUCAUUAAAGAAAAUGAAUACAUUCACAUUUGAAACCGAUGAACUGUUUAUUCAUAGAUUAACUUUUUUAUUUUAUAGCUACUCUUCAGCAUCUAUAAAAAUCCCAGAAUUAAGAAAUGUUUGAGAAAAUGAAGGAAAAUGAAUAUUCAUUGCAUUUUUUGGCCUAAUUUUCUUGGAAAUAAAAAAGCUUCUUUAUGAGUAAAUGGCAAUUUGGCAUAUUUAUGAUAGACUUAUUGAC